UGCAUAAAGCCGAAGCAAAGUCAGAGGAUGCGAAUCCCCUCCCCAUCGGCUUCCAAGUUCCAACUCCUAGAGCCGCCAGUUCGCGAAACCCCGCAGCAAGGAUCGAAUCGCUGCUUGACCCAAUGGCAGAGGCCUCGCCGGCAAUCGCCAACGAUGUCACCGAGUUGAUCGGGAACACGCCGCUGGUGUACCUCAACAAGGUGACCGAUGGGUGCGUCGCGCGCGUCGCCGCCAAGCUCGAGUCCAUGGAGCCCUGCUCCAGCGUCAAGGAUAGGAUUGGCUACAGCAUGAUCAUUGACGCAGAGGAGAAGGGACUGAUCACGCCAGGCAAGAGUGUGCUGAUUGAACCAACCAGUGGUAACACAGGCAUUGGAUUGGCCUUCAUGACGGCUGCAAAGGGAUACAAGCUUAUUCUCACAAUGCCAGCCUCCAUGAGUAUGGAGAGAAGAAUCAUAUUGAAGGCUUUUGGUGCUGAACUAGUCCUUACUGACCCACUCUUGGGAAUGAAAGGAGCUGUCUCCAAGGCGGAAGAGCUAGCAGCAAAGACACCCAACUCGUACAUCCUUCAACAAUUUGAAAAUCCUGCUAACCCAAAGAUUCAUUAUGAGACAACUGGGCCUGAAAUCUGGAAAGCUACAGCAGGAAAAGUUGAUGGCCUUGUGUCUGGUAUUGGUACAGGAGGUACCAUAACUGGAACUGGGCAAUACCUUAAAGAGCAAAAUCCCAAUGUCAAGCUCUAUGGUGUGGAGCCAGUAGAGAGUGCUAUUUUAAAUGGUGGAAAGCCUGGGCCACACAAGAUUCAAGGAAUUGGAGCUGGUUUUAUCCCUGGGGUCUUGAAUGUUGACCUAAUUGAUGAGACUUUAGAGGUUUCAAGCGAUGAAGCUAUUGAGACUGCAAAGGCUCUUGCUUUGAAAGAAGGGUUGUUGGUUGGAAUAUCUUCUGGUGCAGCUGCGGCUGCAGCAGUUAGGCUUGCUCAUAGGCCUGAAAAUGCCGGAAAGCUAUUUGUUGUCGUGUUCCCAAGCUUUGGUGAGCGCUACCUUUCGUCGGUGCUCUUCCAGUCCAUCAAGAAAGAAGCUGAGAGCAUGGUGGUCGAACCCUAGACCGCACAAUUCCGGCAGUUGUUUUUUCGAAGACAACGUCCAUUUCUGGGAUUCCACAGAAAUGAAGCUUCGGUGUUUCUGCUUCUGUUAAUUUCAGCAUACAUCUGUCUGCUAAUGUCGUCGUGUGCAUUGGAGAAUACUUUGUGCUGUUUACAGUUCGGCAUUUUCUCAGUUCUGUAUAUCCCGUCAGCAGGUGUGAAAUAAAGCAUUACAGUGCAUUUCAUGUC